AUGGACAUGCUUGUGACCGGAUGCUGCUAUUGCAAGUUCAAUACUGCUCAUGCUCUCCAUCUCGGACAAGGUUCGGCAACCGAAAGUGGGGUGUUGGGCAGCCAGAAGAUGCUCCUCUUGAGACUUGGCACUGAGCGAGCCGAGCACUGCAGUGGCUUGAAAACCUGUACUGCUAUGACCGUGGACACAGACAAGCAUUGCGUAGGCUCAGAGCAACAUCAAGCCAACACUGGCUUGGUGCUCCUAACAGCUUUUCCAUGCCACAAUUGCACAUCUUGUAGAAAAACCGUUGCAUGCAGCACUGCACAUACUUCUGACCAGGUUCAUGAAGCAGAGGAUGCAACAACAUGGACGGCCACUCAACGAACUCAAACCGACUGUGUCAUGUUGGGCAUGAUGGCUGCGUGGAAAGCCACUUUCCUGGAAGGAACGCCCGACCGCGCAAACAGCAUCAACCAUGAGGCGUCCCGUGCAAGACAUGUGAGAGAAAAGAAAGAGCAAUGA